UCUGGUGAUGGAUGUUGUUGUAUCUCGUUUCCACCUUUUGCGUCUGCCCCAAAAAAGCCUGAAAAAUGUUCUACUCAUUAUGGGAAUUAUCGAACAAUUUUGUUUCUCAGUGCUUUCCAAUAAAACAAAGCAAUUCAUCAGAGACAUUGGAGUUUUCGAGAAUGUGAAGCUCUGUGUGCACUUUUCUGAUCCGGUGAAAUAUGAGAUUUAUGACCCUAUCGAUAACAGUACUUUUUGGUUCUUAUUAAAUAACGGAAACGUAUCUGCGUCACCUCGAUAUCCAAAUGCCCAUCGAGUGAGCAUCGUUUUCUCUGCGUCACAAUUUGAUGCGAAAAGCUGGUUGAAACACAUUCUGUACACCAUAAACCCAUCGGAAAUCGAAUCUCUAAGCUUUUUCCGCACCGCUCAGGAGUUUAAUGAGAGGCAGUUCCAAAUGCAUGAAGAUUGUUUGAAAGGGCUCAGCAUUUCGGUUCUUAUGUUCGAAAACAUGAAUCAGAUGCAACAUAUUGUCAAAAUUGUUAACGCAUUUAUGCCAACUAGGCAGUUGGCUUUUUUGGGAGGUUCACAAGAUACAUUCACCUCAUCUGAACUCCUGGCGUUUCGCCAAGUAUUGUGCCAGGAAACACUUCAUCGUUUCUUUGAGAUGCAUGUUCCUUUAAAUGAGCUACUUUUUACCAACUGCUCACGAAUUUCCACUACUAUCUUAACUGAAAAAGAGAUCAAUAUGUUCUUGAAACAUUGGAUAGCUGGAUUUAAGCCAGAACUGGAAUACUUUUCUAUUCCAAAACAAGGAACUCAUUUCAACCAAGACAUUAUUCUUGAAGGGAUACAAUAUGAAACUGCACCUAUUGAGCGGAAAGUCCGAAUUUUGAACAAAUACACUCGAGGAGGAGCUGAUAUUCAAAUGAGCCAUGAAAGCAAAGUAACCAUUAUUUUUGACUUCAUAUUUGCCUUUAACUAUUCAAUGAUUUAUGUUGCUGUUCAUGGUUCAAAAUACAUUUCUUUUAAUUAUUGAUUUUUUUUUGUUCUAAUAAACUUUUUCAACAU